AUGUCUCUUCCCACUUCCAAUGUGCUGCAAAACGGUUCCGACUCUCUUCAAACACCUGCUACACGCGUUGCUAACGGCGAAACCCCUCCCAACUGGAUCCCUUGCGCUGAUCAACCUGCCUAUGCGCGACGAAAACUAAGGAUAAUCUGUAUCGGCGCCGGCUACUCGGGUUUGACACUGGCUCACAAGAUUGAUCAUGAGUUGAAGCUCGGCGAUUUCGUGGAAUUGAAAAUCUACGAGAAGAAUCCUCAGGUCGGUGGAACAUGGUUCGAAAACACCUAUCCCGGUGUCGCUUGUGAUAUUCCGGCUCAUGCAUACACGUUUUCAUUCGAGCCUAAUCCAAACUGGUCUCACUUCUAUGCACCCGGUCAUGAGAUUGAGGAAUAUAUUCAACGAGCGACAAGGAAAUGGAAUUUGGAUAAAGAUAUUCAGUUCAACACUCGUGCUACUGAGGCUGUGUGGGAUGAUGAGUUAGGAAAGUGGAAAGUGGUGGUGGAACAAGCUGGCACAAUCAUGCAUGACGAGGCUGACAUUUUGUUGGUUUCUCUUAUUAACGGUGAUCUUCCGACUAGCAAAACCAACUGGCCUGAUAUUGAGGGACUAUCGAAUUUCAAGGGCAAAUUGCUUCACACUUCGACCUGGGAUAACACCUAUGACUGGUCGAAUAAACGUGUUGCAGUCAUUGGAAAUGGCUCCUCGGGAAUUCAAUGCGUGACUGCAAUGCAGCCGAAGGUCGCCCAGCUUGUCAAUUUUGUGCGCAAUCCCACCUGGCUUUCAGUCAACUUUUGUGCGGAUAAGACCAAAGAUGGGAAUAAUUUCCCCUAUACAGAAGAGGAGAAAACACACUUUGCGGAAGACACCGAGGCUCAUUUCAGUGUCAAUGGGUUCUUUUAUGGAAUGUAUAAAGGUCACCCGAUGCAAUUGGGAUUGGAACAGAUUUCCCGCCAGCAGAUGGAGGAGCAAAUGAAAGGUUACCCUGACCGAGAACUUGUGUCGAAAUUGCUUUCUCUCGAGUUCAGUCCUGGCUGCCGUCGCUUGACACCAGGAAGUGGAUAUCUGGAAGCAUUUUCCAACGACAAUGCAAUUCUCACUUUCGACCCUAUUGAGCGUAUCACAGAACUCGGUAUCAAAACGGUCACAGGUGAUGAGCAGCAAUUUGACAUGAUAGUCUGUGCCACAGGAUUUGACACGACCUUUAUUCCACCUUGGAAGAUGGUUGGUCGUCAUGGAGCCACAUUGGAAGAGCGAUGGAAAUAUAACCCUGAGGCGUUCUUUGCGGUCCAAGUGGACACAAUGCCGAACUAUUUUAUCUUCAAUGGACCGAAUUGCCCUGUAUCCCAUGGCUCUCUUCUGACGCAGGUCUCUUGGACAUGCGAUUACAUUCUCCGUUGGGCCAAGAAAAUUUCUACAGAGGAUAUCAAGUCAAUUGAUGUCAAAAAAGAAGCCAUGGAAGACUACAAUGUUUACUGUCAGGAGUUCCUCAAGCGUAUGGUCUGGGCGGAUAACUGUAAGAGCUGGUACAAGAACGGAAAAAGUUCAGGCCAUGUCACCGGGGUAUAUCCAGGCUCGGUUUUACACUUCAAAGAUUGUCUGGAAAAUAUUGGAGGGGAGCACUUCAAUAUUGAGUACCGCUCCAAGAACCGAUUCCGAUUCCUAGGCAACGGUGAAAGUGUGCAUGAUCAGCAUGGAGCAGGUGACUUGGCGUGGUACAUGGGCGAUGUGAAAGCAUCUAUACCGCUACCUGUUCGAACCCCUGGGGUCCUUGGUUAUAUCUACAGUAUAGUGAAGGGGUAUAUAAAUUGGUAA